AUGGUGACCAAGUUGGUGAAUGUCAAUGCCAAGGUGUACUGUGAUUUCAUCGUGAGCAAGGUGGUUCCUGCCAUCAAAGCGACUUUUUCGAGCGGGAUCAAGCGGGUCGUUCUUCAACACGACAAUGCCACCCCGCAUGGGUCCAUCACGGACGACGUUCUUGAGAGCGUUUCUACAGAUGGCUGGUCUUUUGUUAUCCGUCGUCAGCAGCCAAAUAGUCCUGACCUGAAUGUGCUCGAUCUAGGAUUUUUCGCUUCGAUCCAGUCUCUUCAGUACAAGGAAGAGAGUCGUUCAGUUGAUGACGUUAUUCGUUCUACUCUUGCGGCAUUCGAGAUGCUGAGCUACGAGAAGCUCGAAGAUGUCUUUCUCACUCUACAGGCGGUCAUGAGACUAAUUCUCGAGCUUGAUGGAGGCAACAACUACUCUCUGCCUCACCUCAAGAAGUCAUCCUUGCGACGCACUGGUCUGCUGUUGUAG